CUCCCCAGAUUUUGUGAGUAUUUUCAGUUUAUAUACAGCAAAGUAAAAAUGCAAAAUUUUUACUGAAAAUAAUACAGCAAAGUAAAAAUGCAAAAUUGUAUUGCUUAGGAAGUUAGAAGGUCUUAAGCACCAUUGGCUUCACGGUAGACAUACCUCGAUGUCCUGGUAUAGUCUUGUCUGACCAGCAUCCACUGUCCCACCUGCUAAUAACAGCAAUUUUUGCUUUUCUGUGGGAGAGCCAUAGUCCCAUCAGUCUUUUCAUAUGGUGCAAAUGAAAUUGAGCCAAGCAGAUCCACUCAGAACCACCCAUUCCACUGACCACAGUGACUCUCUCAGCAGUGGACAUUUGACCCGAUUCAGUUCAAUCAGAACCAGUGAGAAUCCAUCUCAACUUUUCUUGAGACUGUUAGGAAAGAGACUGUGUUUUUCCACUAGAUCCGAAGUUAAUCAAGGGAAAGCAUGGAGCUGUUGGCAGUUACCUUCACCCUCAAGUGAAACAAUGUAGAACAACCAACUGAUAGCAGGAGAGAAUAGGUCAAGGUCAAUGCAGGAAAUGUCUGAGCCCCGAACAAGCCAGAUCUGAAACUCCUUCUCCAUCCUUCCCUGCACUUUUCUCUUAUGCUGCCCCGGAAAAUGCCUUUUUGUACUUAAAUGUGAAAAGCAUCCUUAUGGCAUGACCUGUGAGAUGCAUGACAUGUAAAGAUCUGUGAUACCAUUUAUGAGCAGUCUUAAAGGGUUUACAUCGAAAAGCAGAUUUGUCAGAGUCAUUCACUGAGACAGCCAGCCAGCUUAGGUCUGCAUGUCAUCAAUGCGGCAACUCGUGAAUUUAGAAAACCCCCCAACCAACCAACCAGCAUCUUCAUGAGUAAUGAUCACAGAAGAAUGCAGCUGAAUUGUCAUAUGAAGGUAAGUGUCAGAAAGGAGUGGCCCUCAGUGGGCCGGCAUGCCAGAGAAAACUCAAGAUUUUACCCUUUGGAGACCUCAUCGCUCUUCAGAGUCUUUAGGUGUCUCUCUCAAGUUGCCCGAGAUUUGCCAUGUUCUUAGGGGGAAACUAGUGCUGUUUGCCCAGUCUGAUGAUGGUGGUUCUGUUAAUUAUUGCAGUCGCAUGAUCGGCAGUAUGUAAUUUAUGACAAGGUGUGAGUGAGCUCCUUGCUGUUAGCCUGUCCUUAAAGAAUCCCGCCGUGACCUCAGUAUCGCAAGUCCAGCGAUGGGUGGUGUCGAGUUUACUGCUUUGGCUUGGGUUUUAUCUCUCCUUCGUUGACAAAAACGAAUUUGGCCUCGGAGACCGUCCCUUUCAUCAAGUGCCGAGAGAUCCUGCCACGUGUAACGCGAGCUCUAUGUUUCAUUCCACUGGAGUCAUUUGGAAUUUUUUUAGAUUUCUUUUAAUACAUCGGAGAGGUCCCGCUGUGGCACAGUGGGUUACGAAUCCGACUACAGUGGCUCAGGUUUUUAUGGAGGCACAGAUUCGUUUCUCAGCCUAGAACUUCCGCGUGCCAAGGGCGUGGCCAGUAAAAAAACAAUAGGUUCAUACCUGCCCAUCUUUUGUAUAAGACUAUCUACCAACAUGCGUAACAUUUAUAUAAUCCACUUUCUAACCCUUCUCUGGAAUUAUAACUGAAAUAAAAUGAUAGAUGCCAGACUGACUCUCUAUCGACAAAGCCAAUAUGUCAUUUGUAAGAAAAUAAUUAAAUAUCGGAUGAAUUCAGGAAAUCAUUUUGGAAGUGAGAAUUUAAAUUAAACAGGAGGAUAAACUAAUGGUACAUGUGUUUUUGUGUUUGUUUGUUUCGUUUGUUUCCUGACGGCCCAAACUUAUUGAAUAAUGGGAAAUAUCUGGUACUUAAGAUCUUCGUAAAUGAUCAUUCAAUUUGCCUUUUUCUUGGAUGCUUAUAAAGAGUAAGUUGAUGGAGCUCAGAUCAUCUGAAAGCAGUUUAGAUCUUUUACUUAAACAGCUGCUUUAUAAUUAUGUUUACUAAAGAGCUCGAAGGCUUCCCUUCUCAGAACGUCACAGUAGCCACCCUUUAUGUGACGUGUUGGCUGGGAAUGGGAGUGGUUGUGUUUUUGGCAUGGAUUGGGCGUAUUUGUCUCUGGGGCGCUGAGGCUUCCUCCGCCACCUUGUGUAACGUACGAGUAAACGAAUGAGGACAAGGAAGUAUAAACACGCCCAAGUGUGAACGGAAGCCCAGAGCAAGCAGAGACGACUGCCUCAGGAGAAGCCGUAACUGGGCUCCCUGCUGCUGUUCAAGGUAAACGCAAGGACCGAUGCCGUUUCCCGGGAAACGGUGGUAACUACGUCGACAAUAGUGCACUUACGGAAAGAAACAGACAAAAUGUGCUUGCGAUGUUUUCCUCGGUGAGGGUUAUGUCUUCAAAAUAACCAGCCCUCACCCUACCUCCACCGGACAUGGAUCCCCCACUUCCUAAAUUCACCCCGCAAGAGGUUUCUGUUUUCUUGCCCCACGGAAUCCGUGUGGACCAUGCGAUUUGACGCGACCGGUAGUAUGUGAGUAGAAACGUGCCGUGGGCCGGUCGUGAGCAGAAGCUUGGAUUUCCAGUCUCAUUUUCCCUCUGUCAUACUCUCAGCGCAUCGCAGACUGAGGUGCUCUUUUAGCCUGGGUCUUAGCGUAGAGGCAGCUUGGACAGAGCUGCAGUAACAUCGAGUGGGCAUCAACGUGAGCAAAAUGCGUCUCUGUUUCUGUAAGCUGCUGAAAUUCCUAAAUAAUCUGUAAAUGCAAUUUAAAAACUCACAACAAUAAAUUGCAAUUAAUUAAUAAUUAGUAAUAAAUCCAAUAUAGCAUUUAUUUAGUAAUAAAUAUAGUAUUCAAGAAUCAAUAAACAUAAUGCAACUUGGUCUAAGCCAGAAUUUGUCACCCUUGGCACUAUCGAUGUGUGGUUUGCAUCAUUCUUUUUUGGGAGGGCGUUCCUGUCACUGAAAGCAGUAUCAUUGGCCGCCACCUCUCAGAGGUCAGAAGCACAACACCCCGCAUUUGGGACAACAGAAUAUUUCCAGAUAUUUCUAAUGUCCCCUGGCGUGGGGGGACAUAGUUGAAAACCACUAGUGUCAGACUCUGAGCGGGGUUCCAGAGCCAGUAGUAUCCACAUCACCUACAAAUGUGCUAGACAUGCAAAGUCCCUCUCAGACGGCUGAGGAGGGAUGGGGCCGGGGCCCAGCACGCUGUGUUAUAAGAAGCCCUCAGCGAGGUUUUGAACAUUCAAGUUUGAGAACUGCCAGUCUAGGCUGACUGGUACACAAGUAUCCUUGUAUACAGAGAGGAGCUCAUCAGUGCCUUCGGUUAUAGGUGCUCCGGGAGGUCUGUUGCGGUGCAGUGAAAAUGAAUCCGACUGGUAUCCAUGAGGACACAGGUUCAAUCCCUGGCCUCGUUCAGUGGGUUGUGGUGCAGGUUGCAGAUAAGGCUUGGCUCCCACUUUGCUGUGGUUGUGAUGUAGGCUGGCAUCGGUAGCUCACAUUUGCCUGGGAACUUAAAAAAAUCCAAGUAUAGAGGCUCCAGAUGAACUCUUUUGAUGCCUAAAGCAUACAGAUUCCCUCUUUGGUGAAUUCGUAAGACUUUAGAGUAUAUGCGGCAUGGACACUUGAGUGCAGCACAUGUCGAACAAAUGAACGUUUCAGAACCUUAACACGCUGAACUCUAGUUUCAUAAUCUGGUGACUGAGUGAUUCAGAAUCACUCUGAAUGAAGAAAAAAUGUUUUGCUUAGGAGUCCAAAGUGGAGUAGCGUUUUGACCUUUUAAAAAACACUUUAUAAAAUGCUGUUUUUAGGAUAGUCAUCAGUUUCUCUGAUUCAGCCUUAGUGCCCUCAUUUCAUUUAAGGACAUUUUAUAUAAACAUAAUUUAUAUUUGAAGAGUGAAGAAUUGAGAAUCAGCAUUCAGAAUUCACAAGUUUGUUUACUUGCCAAAUUUUAUCACAAAUAAUUGCUGUUCUGUCCAUCCGAUUCCCUUUUUUGUGUCUGUGUAAAAGGGAACCCCCUUGAGCUUGGGCUAAGGACUAAUUAACUUGGCCAGCAGGGUGUUACCAUAUAUAAGGGCGUAGGCAGUGUAUUUUACAAUGCUAAUUUAGAUAAUUAAGAGACUGGGCAUUCCCUCUGGUUGCAUUUAGCAAUGGGAUGUGACAAAUGAGAAUUAAUUUGAUCAUAUGGGCUGAGAAAAUGCUAGGGAAUUCUUUUACUUGGAAUGACACCAUGAAAUAUUUUAAUCUACUCCUCCACUUCCUCCUUUUAGUAAGGAUGGUUUAUGGGCAGCACACCUCCGAAGCUUCCCUGAUACUCUCCUUAAGAGCUCUCAGUGGUCCUCGGGUCUCUACUGUACCUGAUCAAGUGUUUUAAAAGUUUUCCUAAAAUCAGAAUUUCAGAGUGGCGAUUACAGCCAGUACAGGAUAAAUACAAGAAAGGUUUUCUACUGUUUUAAAAAAUAUUAAAGAGCUGAUUGUGCAGCAAUAGGAUAUGGAAUAGCCUAGGGAAAAUGCUCGAGGUCAAAAAACAUAAUAUACCUUUUAUGGUUUUUGUCACCUUAUUAUCUUCCGCACGCUUGGCCAUCCACUUUCAAUUAUAAGCUUUGAGUGAAAGUGUUCCUUCGCAAAAGGCAAAGGAAACAAUCCUUGGAGUUGUUCCAGUGCCGUUUUGUACAGGAGUAAAUCUUGAUUGUUACGGUCACACGAGGAUUGCACUAAAUGUUUUCAGAAUAGAAAGCCCUUGAGUUUGUUCUUUGGAUGAGAAGGUGAAGUCUGUCCCUUUAAAGCCUCGUCUGUCUGCAGGGAGAGUGUUUUAGGUCCUUUACACGCUCGAAUUUGAUUUGUCCUUUUACAGCACACAUCCCCACGUUCGGAAGACAGAUCUGCCUGCUUCGGCUGCCUGCAGCGACAGAGAAAUCAGUCUGUCAUUCUCAGUGUCGUGAAGUGUGUGUUAUGUGUGUGAGCGAGUGUGUGUGUGUGUGUGUGUCUCUCUGAGGCGGGGUGGCGAGGAUGAUUGAAGCGUGCACAGGGUUAAUGGUGUAGCAUCUCAUUCAGGCUUGGCUUUGAAACCUGUGGCAUUCUGGGCUGGACAGCCGCUUCCGUGCCUCUGUUUUAAUUUAGCAGGAUGUUUGCUGCCAUGGCAGCCAGCAGCAUCCACUGCAGCAGCAAGGAAGAGCCAUAGAUCUGAGAAUGCAGGUGGAAUACUAAAACACGAGAGGCGCAUGCAGGGCUGGCUUCAGGGCUGCAUCUCUGCUCUUACGGGGCUCUGAUGCGGAGGCUGUCCGUGCUGUACGGUGUCAGUUCCUGCAGAGUCGAGGGCUGCAGACCUAGCUCAGGGCAGGGCUGCUGAGAGGCAGGGGGGAAAAAGCAAAGCAAGAGACAUUGCUGCUGCUUCACUACCUUGCAUUGGGGACGCAGAAGCAAGAGAGGGAAAUGUGGUCCCGUCGCCUUGCUGAGACAUGUGAUUGGAUGAAGACUGGAAAACGUAGUUGGCUUCCUGUGCUACUUUGCAGCUGGAGCGGUGCCUUUGGUGAACUCUCUUCUGCUUCUUCCGAUACACACAAGCACAAUGUUUGUAAGUACUGCCGAUGAGGGAGGUGACACGGCAAAAGCUGAAUUGCGGGCGACUCCUUGAUCAUGCUGUGGCUCCCGAACGUACGUGAGUGCUUGCCUGGGCUUUGAGUGAAGUGCACGGCUCCUUAAAACCAAAAGGGCAAGGUGGCAUCUCUGUGCAAAAAGACAUGAAGUUCCACUGAAGCAUCAGCAGCCAGUGAGGGGAGCCAUGCAGCGGCCAGCUGACCUCUCCGUCUUUCGGAGCAAAGAGGGAAGGCGAAAGGGCGCUUGCCUGCAGAAGCAAAAGUCUCUGACCAAUCUGUCGCUGACCAGCGAGGGGGAGCGGCGCCCCGCCGUGCGCAUCUCCAACUGGUUCGGAAAUGCCGCCAAGGCCAGCCAGAGAGAAGCCAGCCACGCGGAGAGGCGCUCGCUGUCCAGGGCCCUGUCCCGGUCGGUGCAGUCCCUGUACCACCCCGGCGGCGCGGGGGCCUGGAACCUCCUGCCCAUCAGCCGCUCGGGAAGCGAGCGCUUCGGGGAGUGGAUGCUCAGAAAGGGCCUGGAGGGGGACAGCGAUGACGAAAGCCCCUCGGAAGACGAGCAGGUGUCCCCCGGGCCGGGCCGCUGCGGCAGGAGCUGGGCCGAGGAGGAGGGAGGCAGCUGCCUGCGGGAAGGCACGGCUCAUCUGGACGAGGACGUGAUCCUGACCAUGCUGGGCGACCUGGAGCAGGCCCUUUACGCGGACCUCUUAGGUGAAGACCCCGAAACAAGAAGGAUGAGAACAGUUAAGAACAUCGCAGAUUUGAGGCAGAACUUGGAAGAGACCAUGUCCAGUCUUCGGGGGACCCAGAUAAGCCACAGCACCCUGGAGACAACGUUCGACAGCACGGUGACGACGGAGGUGAACGGAAGGACCAUCGCCGCCUUGGCAGGGCGACCCAGCCCCGUGACCUGGCGGCUGGGCCAGGCGUGCCCUCGGCUCCAGGCGGGCGAUGCCCCGUCCCUGGGCGCUGGCUACCCGCGCAGCGGGACCGCUCGGUUCAUCCACACGGACCCGUCCAGGUUCAUGUACACCACGCCUCUCCGUCGAGCCGCCGUGUCUCGGCUGGGCAACAUGGCACAGAUGGACACGAGUGAGAAGGCGGGCAGCGACCUGGACGUGUCCUCCGAGGUUGAUGUGGGUGGCUACAUGAGUGAUGGCGAUAUCCUCGGGAAAAGCCUCAGGACCGAUGACCUCAACAGCGGGUACAUGACAGAUGGAGGGCUCAACCUGUAUACUAGAAGUCUAAACCGAGCCCCAGACACGGCGACUUCCAGGGAUGUCAUCCAGAGAGGGGUCCAUGAUGUGACAGUGGAUGCAGACAGCUGGGAUGACAGCAGCUCUGUGAGCAGCGGCCUCAGUGACACGCUGGACAACAUCAGCACUGACGACUUAAACACCACGUCCUCGGUCAGCUCCUACUCCAACAUCACCGUCCCGUCCCGGAAGAACACUCAGCUGAAGACAGACUCCGAGAAACGAUCUGCCACAGACGAGCCCUGGGAGAGCCCCGAGGAGCUGAAACAAACCGAGGAGGACUUUGCGAGCCACGGCGAUGGCGGUGGCAAGUGGAAGGGCGUUUCCUCGGGACUUUCUGAAGACCCUGAGAAGACGGGGCAAAAAGCCCCCCUGUCUGUUUCACAGACGGGGUCCUGGAGGAGAGGCAUGUCAGCCCAAGGAGGAGCGCCGUCUAGGCAGAAAGCUGGAACCAGUGCACUCAAGACCCCUGGGAAAACCGAUGAUGCCAAAGCUUCUGAGAAAGGGAAAACUCCCCCAAAAGGGUCGUCUCUGCCAAGGUCUCCUUCAGAUGCAGGCAAAAGCAGUGGAGAUGAGGGGAAGAAGCCCCCCUCGGGCAUUGGAAGGUCCAUGGCCACCGGCUCUUUUGGAUUUAAGAAACCGAGUGGAGCAGGGUCAGCCGCCAUGAUCACCAGCAGUGGCGCCACCAUCACGAGUGGGUCAGCCACGCUGGGUAAAAUCCCCAAAUCCGCGGCCAUUGGUGGCAAGUCAAACGCCGGAAGGAAAACCAGCUUGGAUGGCUCCCAGCACCAGGACGAGGUUGCGCUGCACGUCAGCUCCAAGACCUCCCUGCAGUACCGCAGCCUGCCCCGCCCUUCGAAAUCCAGCCCCAGCGGCAUCCCUGGCCGUGGAGGCCACCGAUCCAGCACCAGCAGCAUUGAUUCCAAUGUCAGCAGCAAGUCAGCGGGGGCCACCACCUCAAAACUCAGAGAACCCACCAAGAUUGGGUCGGGGCGCUCGAGUCCCGUCACUGUCAACCAAACAGACAAGGAAAAGGAAAAAGUAGCAGUCUCAGAUUCCGAGAGCGUUUCUCUGUCAGGUUCCCCCAAAUCCAGCCCCACUUCUGCUAGUGCCUGUGGGACCCAAGGGCUCAGGCAGCCAGGAUCCAAGUAUCCUGACAUUGCCUCCCCCACGUUUCGAAGGUUGUUUGGUGCCAAGGCAGGUGGCAAAUCUGCCUCUGCACCUAGUACUGAGGGUGUGAAAUCCUCCUCUGUAAUGCCCAGCCCUAGUGCCACGUUAGCGCGGCAAGGCAGUCUGGAGUCACCGUCGUCUGGCACGGGCAGCCUGGGCAGUGCUGGUGGGCUGAGUGGCAGCAGCAGCCCUCUCUUCAAUAAACCCUCAGACCUAACUACAGAUGUUGUAAGCUUAAGUCACUCGUUGGCUUCCAGCCCAGCGUCGGUUCACUCUUUCACAUCGGGUGGUCUCGUGUGGGCUGCCAAUCUGAGCAGUUCCUCUGCUGGCAGCAAGGACACUCCGAGUUACCAGUCCCUGACUAGCCUCCACACGAGCUCCGAGUCCAUUGACCUCCCCCUGAGCCACCACGGCUCCCUGUCCGGACUGACCACAGGCGCCCACGAGGUGCAGAGCCUGCUCAUGAGAACGGGCAGUGUGAGAUCCACUCUCUCGGAAAGCAUGCAGCUUGACAGAAAUACACUACCCAAAAAGGGACUAAGAUACCCCCCGUCGUCUCGGCAGGCCAACCAGGAAGAGGGCAAGGAGUGGCUGCGCUCCCAUUCCACGGGCGGACUGCAGGACACGGGCAGCCAGUCGCCCCUGGUCUCCCCCUCGGCCAUGUCGUCUUCCGCAGCAGGAAAAUACCACUUUUCCAACUUGGUGAGUCCAACCAACCUGUCUCAGUUUAACCUCCCCGGGCCCAGCAUGAUGCGCUCAAACAGCAUCCCAGCCCAAGACUCGUCCUUUGACCUCUACGAUGACGCCCAGCUUUGUGGCAGUGCCACAUCUCUGGAGGAAAGGCCGCGGGCCAUCAGUCAUUCGGGCUCCUUCAGAGACAGCAUGGAAGAAGUUCACGGCUCUUCCUUAUCCCUGGUCUCCAGCACUUCUUCUCUUUACUCUACGGCUGAAGAAAAGGCUCAUUCAGAGCAAAUCCAUAAGCUACGGAGAGAGCUGGUUGCAUCCCAAGAAAAAGUUGCUACCCUCACAUCUCAGCUUUCAGCAAAUGCUCACCUUGUCGCAGCUUUUGAGAAGAGUUUAGGGAAUAUGACUGGCCGACUGCAGAGUCUAACCAUGACAGCGGAACAGAAGGAGUCUGAACUGAUAGAGCUAAGGGAAACCAUCGAGAUGCUGAAGGCUCAGAACUCUGCUGCCCAGGCAGCCAUUCAGGGAGCCCUGAACGGUCCAGACCACCCUCCCAAAGACCUCCGCAUCAGAAGACAGCAUUCUUCAGAAAGCGUUUCUAGUAUCAACAGUGCCACGAGCCAUUCCAGUAUUGGCAGUGGUAAUGAUGCUGACUCCAAGAAGAAGAAAAAGAAAAACUGGGUGAACUCUAGAGGAAGUGAGCUGAGAAGCUCAUUCAAACAAGCCUUUGGGAAGAAGAAGUCCACCAAGCCUCCCUCCUCUCAUUCGGACAUUGAAGAGCUCACGGACUCAUCCCUUCCAGCAUCCCCCAAGCUACCCCACGGUGCGGGUGACUGUGGCUCAGCCUCCAUGAAGCCCUCGCAGUCUGCCUCUGCGAUCUGCGAAUGCACAGAGGCAGAGGCAGAGAUAAUUCUGCAGCUGAAGAGCGAGCUCAGAGAGAAGGAAUUAAAAUUAACGGAUAUUCGGCUGGAGGCCCUCAGUUCUGCUCAUCAUCUCGAUCAGAUCCGGGAAGCCAUGAACCGGAUGCAGAACGAGAUUGAAAUACUGAAGGCGGAAAACGACCGGUUGAAGGCGGAGACCGGCAACGCGGCGAAGCCUGCUCGGCCCGCAUCCGAGUCCUCCAGCAGCACCUGCUCCUCGUCUUCGCGCCAGUCCCUGGGGCUUUCUCUGAACAAUCUGAACAUCGCGGAGUCUGUUACCUCAGAUAUUUUGCUAGAUGAUGCUGGUGAUGCAACUGGACAUAAAGAUGGCCGCAGUGUGAAAAUUAUAGUCUCCAUAAGCAAGGGCUAUGGCCGAGCAAAGGAUCAGAAGGCUCAGGCAUAUUUGAUAGGAUCCAUUGGUGUUAGUGGAAAAACCAAGUGGGAUGUCUUAGAUAGUGUGAUUAGACGUCUCUUUAAGGAGUAUGUGUUCCGAAUUGACACAUCCUCUAGCCUUGGUCUGAGCUCUGACUGCAUUGCCAGCUACUGUAUAGGAGAUUUAAUUAGAUCUCAUAGCCUAGAAGUGCCUGAACUGCUGCCUUGUGGAUACCUUGUUGGCGAUAAUAACAUCAUCACUGUGAAUCUGAAAGGGGUAGAAGAAAACAGUUUGGACAGUUUUGUUUUUGAUACACUGAUUCCUAAACCAAUUACCCAAAGGUACUUUAACUUGUUGAUGGAGCAUCACAGAAUUAUACUCUCAGGACCUAGUGGUACCGGAAAGACCUAUUUAGCAAACAAACUUGCUGAAUAUGUAAUAACCAAAUCUGGGAGGAAAAAAACAGAGGAUGCGAUUGCCACUUUUAAUGUGGACCCCAAGUCUAGUAAGGAACUGCAACAGUAUCUAGCCAACCUGGCUGAACAAUGCAGUGCGGAUAAUAAUGGAGUAGAGCUUCCAGUUGUAAUAAUUCUUGAUAAUCUUCAUCACGUGGGCUCUUUGAGUGAUAUCUUCAAUGGUUUUCUCAACUGUAAAUACAGCAAAUGUCCAUAUAUUAUUGGAACAAUGAAUCAGGGAGUUUCUUCAUCACCAAAUCUAGAGCUGCAUCACAAUUUCAGGUGGGUGCUAUGUGCAAACCACACAGAACCAGUGAAGGGAUUUUUAGGCAGGUAUCUUCGAAGGAAACUGAUAGAGAUGGAAAUCGAAAGGAACACACGCAAUAAUGACCUAGUCAAAAUUAUAGACUGGAUUCCUAAGACGUGGCAUCAUCUCAACAGUUUUUUGGAAACACACAGUUCCUCGGAUGUUACCAUUGGUCCACGGCUUUUCCUUCCUUGCCCCAUGGAUGUAGACGCUUCCAGAGUAUGGUUCAUGGAUCUCUGGAACUACUCCUUGGUACCUUAUGUUCUGGAGGCAGUGAGAGAAGGUCUGCAGAUGUAUGGGAAACGAGCGCCUUGGGAAGACCCCUCAAAGUGGGUGCUUGAUACAUAUCCUUGGAGCUCAGCAUCUUUGCCUCAGGAAGGCCCAGCAUUACUUCCGUUGCGACCAGAAGAUGUUGGGUAUGAGGGCUGUGUGUCCACGAAGGAAGCCACAACCUCAAAGCACAUUCCACAGACUGACACAGAGGGGGAUCCCUUGAUGAGUAUGCUCAGGAAACUCCAAGAAGCAGCCAAUUACUCGGGCACACAAAGCAGCGAGAGCACCAGCCGCCACGAAGACGUUCCCGAUUCGUCUCUUGAAUCCACCCUCUAGAGGGUGAAGACAAGUUAGGGGAAAAGACUAUGGUUUAAGGAAAAAAGUGUUUCAAAAGGAAGGUAUUUUCACUAAACCACUGCCAGUAUGAAAGCACCCUGUCAAGGCCCCCGACCCAGAGUCGUGGUCUCCAUGGAGGCAGCAGAACCAAGUCGGAACCGCCAAGACGCUCAAUUGACACGGAAGCUUCCCUUUAUUUUCUUUCUAGGCGUUUGUAAAUCCUUGGAGUGAUGUGUGGCUCCGUUACUCACUGGACCCUAACGACAGGGCAACCUAGGAGACUGCCCAUGGGAUAGCCAACUGGACUUUAUGCUUUUUCCUCUUUAAACGUUUACAAUGCAGACCUUCUUUGCUUUCUCUUUUUUUCCCUUUUCUUUCUUUCUUUUUUGGUUUUUCUUUUUGGGUUCCCUCCUUUUGUUUCCUCUGUGGGGCUGUUCUCCCCGAGCAGGGUCCAUUCUUCUGGUCCGUCCACCCUCCUUCGUGCCACAUGGUGCUGGUCGCAAAGCCCCAGGAUGUUUGUGUUGAGCCCUCACCCCGUUGCAGAAUGACGAGGCCAGCCCUCCGUAAGCACAAGUGCGAUGGUGCGACCGCCAGGGAAACAGCACUGUGGCACCUGGAUAAGUGCCAAUGCCAUGCCUAACUGCCGCGUGCACGCGAUGUGCUCCACCAACUUUUCCGUGUAUGAGUCACAGGUUUUAUAAGGUUGUUUUACCACCAAUGUCUUUUUAAACCACCACCUGCCCACUCCCUUCAAAAGAGUUUUAUACCAGUUAUUAGUCAACACUGACAAAAGGCUUUUUUAGGGCUUUAUGUGUUUGAGCCUUUUCAGUGAAAAGAAGAAACAUUUCCUGUGGUGCUGUCUCACUGCCUUAAAACAGAUUUCUACAACAGUUUAACAGGUGGUUUAAAUCCAAAACCAUCGGUAAUUUCCACUGUCUUUUCAUUUACAACCAAGCCACAUCCGUUAACACAGUAGCCUCAUCUCUCUCUCUUUUAUUUUUUUGUUCUUGAAGAAACGGAUGGGAGAAGAUCAGUAUUUUCGCCUUGUGAAUAGAUUGUUUCGCGUAUCCUCCAGAAUAUCCACGUAACCCGGAAACCCUCUUGGGCUGUCACUUCAGAGCUGAGCCGUAUGGCUGCAUUCAGUCUAGUUUUAGGCGAAAGAGGUUCAGAAGGCAGGAGAUGUGGAAUUUUUGUCCAGUACAGCUGGAUGCAGCAUGAGCACAAUUAUUCGGCUUUUCCUCUCUUAUUCUGUUUUUUUUUUUUUUUAAUUAUGGUUAUGAGUUCUGAGCAUGUUGUUUUGAUUGCUGUUGUUGUACCUGAGAAAUUCGGCAUUCGAGAACACUGAUGCAGUGACGUCACUGUGGCUGAGGAAGCGUUUAUACUGUAAAAGAAGGUUAGAUUUGCACAGUCUACUGGGUAGGUAUUGUAAAUACUCAUUUUAAAAACUCGCACAAAUCGAAACACACACGCAAAAGUUGUAUUUUAUCCUGUGGGUGUGAAGAGGUGUUUCACUUGCUGAGAUUUCCUGUACGUUGCCAACAAAUACAGAAUGCAAACCCUCAAUGCUGUUAGUAUCUGGUGUGCUUGUCCUGUAUCUAACCGUUGUUCUGACUACGCAGGAGCUAUCAGUGCUAGAGUGAGCAUGCUUCAGAACGGCCCAUGAAGCCAGUCCAUUUCUGGAAAAGUGAAAAUGCCUGGAAGUGCAUCUGUCGUGCAGGCUUUUAGGCGAGUGCGUGGGCACUGAUGGGAGUGACUGGACAAGUGACCACACACAGAGGACAGGUUUGACGUUUCCAAACGCAAGGGCUAGGCCAUGGCGUAGACUUGUUCUGUGCGUGUGAAAAUGCGCUGCUUGCAGGCUGUGCAAUUGGUGCUACCCUCUGCGACCACCCCUGGGUCCGUUGCUGUAGAACAGUAGCAACACGAGGCAUCUGUGCAGCUUGUCAGAGUGUCACGCAGUCUAUAGCCUCCACGGUGCCGUUGCCCCAAGGGAAAUCUGAACUGAAUUUAUGCACAUAGAAGGGUCACCCUGACGCUGAAGCCUCAAACAUGGAUCAAAACUGUCGUGAAACAUGGAAAUACGUAGCUGGAUGAGUGACUCGUGGCCCUUGUAUCAUAUGUGAGCUAAGAGAACUGCUAAUCUUUCCCUGCCAUUUUGAGCAACACAGUCCAAACAUGAUCAUAAACAGAAAUUCCUGCAAUACAUCCCAGUAGGUCCACCUAGUUUACAACUUAAACUAGUUUGUGAAACAUUUGUCUGUAUACAUUUUAUAUUUUGUACAUUUUUGAUGUAACAUAUCAUGUAAAUAGACAGAAACAGUGAAAUAAAUCAUCUGGAAAGUUUUGUAGUCUUUGUAAAGCCCCAACAAUAAGUACUUGGUGUCAAUGGACUUAACUGGGUGAUGUAUUUUCUAUUGGUUGAGUGUUCCUCUAGCUUGUAAACCAGCUUGCAUAUAUUUUUUUGCAGAUGUGCACCCUGUAUCUGUCUAAAUUAUUACUUUGCCAUUAAAGUGGAAUUAUUUAUUGACAAAAA